AUGUCAAAGCCAUUGCAUAGUUUUGGGACAAAUUUGAAUAUCAAUUUGGAUUCAAUAGAGUCUGAACUCAAAAUCAAUGAAUCAUUGGAUUGUAAAUCAGGUAUCGUUUCAUACAAUAUAUGUUUGAAGAGCACCGGCAAUGAUAAUACUGUAUUGGAUAUCAAAUUAGUGGGUAAUUAUCAACUAAAUCACAAUCAAAAUGAAGUCAAAUAUUUACGAAAUGAUCGCUUAUUGAAACACAUUAUCAAUGGAAAAGUUGUCAUCAAUGAGACCAAUGAAGAGGAACUCAUAUCAGUGAUCAAAGUCGACGAUUACUAUAAUAUCAAAAGUUUAUUCAUAAUUGCCGUCGACUUUACCGAUAUUAAUGAACGGUUAGCCAUCAAAAAUCGUCAGUUAAAUACAAAACAAUUAAAUUAUAAAAAUGAUGACAUUAUUACCAAAAUUAAGACAACAUCUGACGAUAAAGUGACUGAAAUGCAAACAAAUAAAGACAUUAAAUCAUUGCCAAUGAAUGAUGAAAAAGAUAUCGUAAACAACGAAAUCAAUAAAUAUGAUACAGAUUUGACAGAUAAUGUCACCACAAAUAAUGACAAUAAUAAUAAUAAUAAAGAAAGUAAUGAUUUGAUUAUGAAUGAAUUGAUGUAA